ACUGCCUUUCUUUUCCUCUCUCUCUCUAUCUCUAUCUCAGAUUUUCUCUCUCAUCUGCUUUGCAUAUUAUCUCUCUCUAAAAUUGUAGAGAAAGGCAGAAAGCAGAGCCAUGGAUUCUUCUGGGAAGGCUGGGCUACUGCUUGCGGUGACGGUGGCGUUUUGGGCCGGGCCGGCCCUGUCAGGCGGGACGAUCUUCACCGUCGGCGAUAGCGCGGGCUGGACGGUCGGCAACAACCUAAACUACACCCAGUGGGCUGCCAGCAAGACUAUUCGUGUCGGCGACACGCUUCUUUUCAAAUACAACAACCAAUUUCACAAUGUGUUGGAGGUCAAAGAGCCUGACUUCAAUGCAUGCAAGAAUAGUUCAGCUAUCAAAGAGUACAAAACCGGUAAAGAUUCCAUCCCCAUCACAUCGACCGGCCACCACUACUACAUUUGUGGAUUCCCCGGCCAUUGCCAAUUCGGGCAGAAGGUCGACGUGCACGCCGUCGGCUCCUCUGCUGCCCCUUCUUCAUCACCAACUGGCCUGUCGCCGCCUCCCCCCAAUGCAGGUGACCGGUUGGUCAGGGGAAGUUCGGUUUUUCUUGGUGGCUUGAUCAUGGCGGCCUCCUGUGUUUUGUUAGGGUUUUUGGGUUGAGAUGAAGUUGAUUUUGGCUUCUUUUGGGGAUUGCUUUAUUAGUACUGCUUCUUAAAUCAGUUUUUUAGUACAAAAUUUUUAAUUUUUAUACUAAAAAGCUGAUUUAAGAAACAGUAAGAAAGCUGUCCCAAACGAAGCUUUUGUUAUGGUUGGUGUGAUAGUUAUUUUAGUUUAAAAGUUUUGAAAGUUGAAUGUAUGUCAGCUUUUACCACAUUCAACUUACAUAUCUUGUUUGAGUAUUUAGCUUUCAUAUUUUAUAAAAUAUAGUAGUUGUUAUGCUGGCCAA